UUGCACAGUGCAGGCCUUUAGAAGAUGUGCUGCUGCAAGUACAUACCUGUGCAGGUGCUGUUUUCUGGGUUAGGACAUGCCAUAAUUAGUGCGACAUGCUCGUUUUGUUUCUUCACUGGCUGCCUUAUCCCAGCUGGAGAGAGAAUCAGUCUGACGAGUCUGUUUAGAGCUGUUUGAAGAGGCUGAAUAAAUAUAUUUAAAAAAAAAAAAAACAUUAAUACAAAUCUACUUGGCAAACUUCAGGGAUGUGCUAACUGCCUCCCUGAUUUUGGCCAGUCUUGACAUCUGGACAGUUUUUAUUUCUUUCUCUAAGUGAAACUUGUGUGUUUUACUGCACCUGGGAAAAAUACAGCAAGCCUGAACAAUGUACUACGUGAAAAAGAAGUCCCAGUACAAUCUGCUGAACAGCAGCAUGGAUCAAAAUCUGGGCAGCCGAGCUGCCUCUGCCAGCCCGUACAGCUCCGAGCACACCUCGAAUGUCCCGACGCCUUCGCCCUACUCACAGCCCAACUCUACCUUCGAUGCCAUGUCACCCGCACCAGCCAUCCCCUCCAACACUGACUACCCGGGGCCACACAGCUUCGAGGUCACCUUCCAGCAAUCCAGCACAGCCAAGUCAGCCACCUGGACGUACUCUCCUUUACUGAAGAAGCUGUACUGUCAGAUUGCUAAGACCUGUCCCAUACAGAUCAAGCUGUCCUCGCUGGCCCCCCCGGGCAGUGUGAUCCGGGCCAUGCCGGUCUAUAAGAAGGCAGAGCAUGUGACCGAAGUGGUGAAGCGCUGCCCCAACCACGAGCUUGGCAGAGACUUCAAUGACGGUCAGGUGGCUCCAGCGAGUCACCUGAUUCGGGUGGAAGGGAAUAACUUGUCCCAGUACGUAGAUGACCCAGUGACUGGAAGGCAGAGUGUGAUGGUACCUUAUGAGUCACCACAGGUUGGAACAGAAUGCACUACGAUCCUGUACAACUUCAUGUGUAACAGCAGUUGUGUGGGAGGCAUGAACAGAAGACCCAUUCUUAUUAUUAUAACUCUGGAGACCAGAGAUGGCCAGGUCCUGGGUCGAAGGUCGUUUGAGGGGCGUAUCUGCGCCUGUCCUGGGCGGGACAGGAAAGCAGACGAGGAUCACUUCCGCGAGCAGCAGGCCAUGAACGACAGCGUGAACAAAAACGGCAACGCAAACAAACGCACUUUUAAACAGACACCUCCGAACAUCCCAGGCCCAGGCGUCAAUAUGAAAAAGCGACGACAUGGCGAAGAGGAGAUUUAUUAUAUUCCUGUGCGUGGCCGGGAGAACUUUGAGAUCCUGAUGAAGAUCAAGGACAGUCUGGAGCUGGUGGAGCUGGUCCCUCAGCAGAUGGUAGACUCAUACAGACAGCAACAGCAGCAGCUGCUCCAGAGACAGAACCCCGUCCAGCCCCCCACCUCUUACGGCUCUGUGCUGCCCAACAUGAACAAGAUGCACGGAGGAAUCAACAAGCUGCCUUCCGUCAACCAGCUUGUCGGACAGCAGCCCCAGCAGAACCAGAGCGCAGCACCCAACAUGGGACCCAUGGGUCCCGGCAUGAUGAACAGUCACCACAUGCAGCAAAAUGGUGACAUGAACGGAGGUCAUUCUGCCCAGUCAAUGGUGUCUGCAUCCCACUGCACCCCUCCCCCGCAAUAUAACCCUGACCCCAGCCUCGUCAGUUUUUUAACGAGUCUCGGCUGUCAAAACUGCAUUGAAUACUUCACAUCCCAGGGGCUACAGAACUUGUACCAUCUCCAGAACCUAACAAUGGAGGACCUCGUGGCUCUGAAGAUCCCGGAGCAGCUCCGCCUGGUGAUCUGGAGAGGGCUCCAGGACCUGAAACAGGGUCACGACUACGGGGGCCAGCAGCUCAUCCGCUCCUCCAGCAGCAACACCUCCACCAUGGCCAUCGGCCCCACGGGGGAGCUGCAGCGGCAGCGCGUCAUGGAGGCCGUUCACUUCCGCGUGCGACACACCAUCACCAUCCCCAACCGCACUAGCACGGGAACCUCUGAGGACUGGCCCGACUUCGGCUUCGAUGUCCCGGACUGCAAGUCCCGCAAGCAAUCCAUCAAGGAGGAGUUUACAGAAAACGAGAUCAAUUAGCGAACUGUCAACCGCAGCGGCAACGAAACAGGAGGGGCGGCCGGGAGGGGAGGGAAAGGGGGCCUGGGAAGUUUACAGCGGAAACGAAAUAAAACGAGAAAGGCUCUUGGAAUUCUUCUUUUACCCCGUUAAAGGAGUUUUAAUCAAGGCACUUCCUUUUUUAUUUUUUUUAUUUUUUAUUUUUUUAAAGUCGGUGAGAAAUGGAAAUCUGGAGUGUUUAAACCAUGGUAGAUUGCCUCUUAUUUGACACUCGCUGUCUUUAAUUUGGACGUUUAAAAAUAAAAGGAGAUGUCUUUAAUAUCGGGAAUGGGGGUAAUCGAAACACUACAGUAAAGGUUUUCCAAAAGUGAAUUUUAUGCAGCUGAAGCAGGUCUUGUUUUUGAGGAAUAAGGCGGUUUUUAGGUUGUGGGGUUCUCCAGUGUUUUUCACGUACCGAUGUUAUGAAGGGAGAGUGUUCAAACACCUGCUUGGUCAAGUCUAGUAUUUUGUGGUCAGGUUUGCUGUUGAAAAAUACAUUUUAAAACCAAGGAGAAAAUUAUGCAUUGUAAAACACGGGGAGACUGUUGCUGUUACCUGCGUAUCUAGUGAACCUCCUUCCCUCCAAUGAUAUUUUCAAGGGGAGACCCACGCCCAUCCCCACACUGACUUGAAUAGGAACAACGCCCCCCCCCCCACAUACUGACUGGAAUACGAACCACGCCCAUCCCCAUACUGACUGGACUACAAGCCACGCCCACACCCCCAUACUGACUGGAAUAGGAGCCACACCCAUAAUGACUGGUGCUCCACCUCCUUCCUUCACUCCUCCCAGUCUCUGCCAUGCAUAUCUUUAGUCUGCCAGUUUAUUCAAUGGACUGCCAAAACAAACAGCAUGCUUCUGAGCGAGCGGAAAAUUAGUGACCAGAGAUGCAGUGACCAGCUAUCGAUGCGUAUAUGUAAGAAAAAAGGUACAGUUGAAAGACAAAUUUGUUUUGUCCUUUUUAACAUUGAAAGAAAAGUGUUCUCUGAUAAUGUGUUUAAAACAGUGACCUUAGAGACCCCAGUCUGCUGUCGUUCCAUUGUGAAUGUUGCUUCUUCUGUAAAUGUAAACAGAUGUAUAUUGAAACAGAUGCGUGAACAAUCACGUUUGUGUAUUUUUUGUGGGAACAACUUUACAAGUGAUUUGUCAC